AUGUUUUUGCUAGCGGAAUUUUUACCGCCCAGAAAAACAUCCAGAAAAACAUGGAUGUUUUGGAGAUGGACGACUUCAGCACAGUGAGCGUCGCCUAUGUGUCCACUGCAGAAGUGUGGGUGGACAGUGCAGUUGAUUGGACGCUUGAUGGCCUGGCAAAGGCUUGUGCGCGCUAUCAUUAUUGGAUCACAGCCUGCUCAGUCAUAAAGUUCACUGCGAACAAUGCUCGCUUUGUUUUAGUUGUGCGCCUUGGAAGUGAGGAGAAUGCCACGAAGGCAGCCAACACUUCAGCGCUGGGCUCACUAGAAAAAAGCGAUCUUCUGGAGUAUCACAGUGUUUGGGACCUGUUGCGGUCCAAGAGGCCAUCGGGAGAGGCUCGUCGAUUGAAGCGCCUCACGCCACUGCUGACUUUAGUGCGUGGGCAGACCUUGCUACAUGAACCUGGCUUCUUGGUGCUGCGCCCGAUGCUGGAGCAGGUAAUCUGUUGCACUUACAAUGAUGCUGUGGUUCACAAUGAGAUUGUCAGACAGGGAGCGCAGGCAGUGAAGUCUUCUGCAGUUGACAUGGAGAUCUUGCGAAGCUGCCGCACGUUGGCACUGAUGGAAGAUUGCGGCCCUGUGACCUGGAGUCAGCGUUGGAAGGAGUUAGCCAUGAGAUGGAUAGAGGUGCACCUGGAGCAAAUCCUUGCGAAUGAUGCACUUCUUCUCCUGCUGAUGGAAGCUUCUCAGUUGGAGGCCUUUCAGGAUUUAUGUCGACAGCUGCAGGCUGCAGGUGCGGGUUGCACCCUCACUGCAUUCAGCUUUAUCCAUGGGGCUCGCCGGUGGGGCUUCGCUCUUUUGGCGGCCACCUGGGCUUCAUUCCUGUCUGAAAGUGUUGGUUUCUUGACUUCGUAACACAAACGAUUCCUUCAUGGGCAAGACUCGGUAGCCUACUCAGUAGCCUUCGUAUUAUCCAGUUGGUUUGAUUGACACGUGUCAAUAUUGUCCAUGAUCUUUCUUGUUUAAUAUUUACAUUUUUGGUCCUUUCUUUGUCGAAUACAGAUCACUUGAAAGACUUGGCAAGAAAGAAUGCAAUGCAGGCAGCCUCCGUUGCGUUGCCACCUUUGAAGCUGCAAAAGAUGCGCUUCCUUCUUCAAGCGGACUCGGUAGCCGCAGUAGCUGAUGCAAAAGAAGGUCCAAAAAAGCCUUUGAUGCGGUGUUGCGUCCCCGGCGGGGCACGUCUAUUUCUGCAGCAACUGCUUGUUGAUCAGAGAUAGCGCAG